UUUCUCUGUACUUUUUUUCUGCUUCUGCUAUCAAUAAUACCCUUUUAGAUUCUCGCAGAUUUCACUCUAACCCUUUUUCAAUUCUCAAUUUUUUUCACUGUACUCUUUCCCAUUCACGAUAGUUUUUAUUGGGUUUUCGUAAAAAUUGAAUUUUUUUUCAAUCAAAUCUCUGUCACUGUGUGUAGUUGCAUUUUUUUUUUUUAAUGUUUAAUUGAUUGAUGAUUGAAAAUUCUGGUUAUUUCACUUGUUUUCUCACAAUGUGUCUGAGUUUAGUGGAAAUAAAAGAAGCGGGAAAGCAGAAAUUUGAAUCUUGAUAUUGUUUGAUUAUUCAAUUCUGUUUUUUUGAUAAAUCUUUUGGGGGUUUUCUCUUGUUUGGGUAAAGGGAAAUGUUGAAUUUUGUUUAUGAGGGAUUUUAAAUUAGUUUAUGUGAUUGAAUUUCCAGAAUUGUGUAUUCUGAUUUAUUUUAUGUAUGUUUGGAUGUUGUUUUAUUUACACUUUGGGGGAUUUUCUCUUGUUUGUGCGAAGGGAAAUGUAGAUUUUUACAUAUGUCGGAUUCUACAUUAGUUAGUUUUCUUAUAAAUUUUCAGAAUUUUGUAUCCUAUUUUUUUGUUCCAUUCAAAGGGAGGGUGGAAGUUUUGGACUUCAGAGUGAGAAAGAUAGUUGUCUAUUUUAUUUUAUUUUUUAGCGAAAUUCGGAGUAAUGCAUAUUGGAAGCAAUUGGUUUUGUAAGAGUGUCAUCGGUUGAAAAUAGUGUUGUCCAUGUUGGUUGGCAGAGAGCCGAAACCUGCCAUACCGGUCACUUUGCGGUGGCGGAAAAACCCGCAAUAUUGGCGAGCCCAAAAACCGCCAGGCAAAGUAUGUCUUUGAAGGAAGCAAGGGAAUCUUGAAAAAGGUUGAAAGUUAUAGUUUGAGACUCAGGCUGAUAACAUAGGAGUAUCCAGUAUUAUAUCAGAUUCCAUGCCCAUCAUGAAAAAGAAUUCUGAGCAAAAUCGUUUUGAAGCUGUAUUCAACAAGCUGCUGAGCCAGAUUGGGGAACCUGUUGACUUUGAACUUCCAGAUUGGAUUAAGAUAAGGACAUCACAAUACACCCAUAUAAAGCGCAAUAUAUAUGUAACUAAGAAGAACAAGAGAAAGUUUGACGAUGGCAUAUUCUGCUCCUGCGAAUCUUCACCUGACUCUACUAGUGUAUGUGGUAGAGAUUGUCAAUGUGGGAUGCUGCUGUCAUGCUGUUCUUCCGGCUGCAAAUGUGGGGUCUCGUGUCUCAACAAAGCUUUUCAGCAUCGCCCUGUGAAAAAGCUGAAAUUGGUUAAGACUGAGAAAUGUGGCUCCGGAAUUGUGGCGGAUGAAGAUAUCAAGCUUGGAGAGUUUGUCAUUGAAUAUGUUGGCGAAGUCAUCGAUGAUAAAACAUGCGAAGAAAGGCUCUGGAAUAUGAAAGAUCGCGGGGAAACAAACUUUUACUUAUGUGAAAUCAAUCGAGAUAUGGUGAUAGAUGCAACAUAUAAGGGAAACAAAUCAAGAUAUAUCAAUCAUAGUUGCUGCCCGAAUACCGAGAUGCAGAAAUGGAUAAUAGAAGGUGAAACAAGAAUCGGUAUAUUUGCAGCUCGUGACAUAGAGAAGGGCGAGCAUCUGACUUAUGACUACCAGUUUGUUCAAUUUGGUGCAGAUCAAGAUUGCCACUGUGGAGCUACUCAGUGUAGGCGUAAGCUGGGUGCGCGGCCUACCAAGCCUAAGAUGUCUUCAGAUGCUGCAUUAAAAUUAGUUGCAUAUCAGGUUUGUCAGAAUGGAGGCUUGCAAAUUGGUCAAAUUGGAAGUUCCCGGGUGAUUGACCAAACAAAAUGCUUACUCAAUUGCGUUGAUGAAGUUAUCAUGAUUAAAAAACUUGGAAAUGUCAGAUUUGGGAUUAUUAAAUGGUUUGAUGCAUUUACCCGCAGACAUAAGAUCAUGUUUGAGGAUGGUUGUGUUGAAAUUCAUGACAUGUCAAAAGAAGAUUGGGAACUAGUGAGGUUGUGAUGCAACAACUAGGCAAGAUUGGAGACAUUAUUCUUUCAUUGCAUGUGUAUAAUUCUUGUAUCAAUAUCAAACAGAAUACGAAGAAUACGAAGAUGGAUACAUCAACUCAAGUCUUGAUGAUUGAAUUUUGGAAGUAAUAACAACUUGUUUUGUUUUA